GUUCCGCUCCGUUUCAACGCAAGCCCACCAACACCAGGGGAGGGAGCGAUCCGAAUCCAUCCAUCCAUCCAUCCGGCCCGGUCGCCUUCGAUUCGACCAAUAGAGGCAAACGAAUCCCCCGCUCGGGGCCGAGGCGGCGGCGGAGGGAGAGCCGUGAAUGGCGCUGCCGGUGGCGAAGCUGGGCACCCUGGCGCUGCGGACCCUGUCCAAGCCCAUCGCCAGCCGCCUCAAGAGCCAGGCCGCCGUCCACCCCAAGUUCCGCAACUUCAUCAUCGCCAUUGCUCAGAUACACCAUCGUAUGACCACAAAGAUUCAAAGGCGCAUUUACGGGCAUACAACAGAUAUGGAGAUCAGACCUUUAGAUGAGCAAAAAGCAGUACAAGCUGCUACAGAUCUCAUUGGAGAAGCCUUUAUCUUUUCGGUAGCCGUUGCUGCUUUAAUUUUUGAGGUUCAAAGAAGUGCAAGGUCAGAGGCUAGAAAGGAGGAAGCUCGUAAACAGGAACUUGAGGAAUUGAAACAAAGAGAAGAGAGUUUAGCAAAAGAAUUGGAGUAUCUUAAAUUGAAGCUCAAUGAAAUCGAGCAGCUUGCUAAAGGACGAGGCCUAACAGGAAUCCUUAACUUCAAAGGGGUCCAUGUGGCAGAAGGCGGAAAGACAGCGACACCUGCGUGAUUAUGCAUUUCAACUUUGGUGCGGCAAAGUAGGAUUCCAUGUUGCUAAGUGGUGCGCUGAAACACCUCAAAAUUGCCGAUUGGUUUCCCAAUUCUUUCUUCUCAGUUGUAUUGGCAUGCCCAUUCUUUGGUGUUUAUAUUGGAUCAGAAAUAAUAGUGUGUAAGAAAGAAGCAACUAAAGUGCAGCAUAGAUUACCUGUGGGUGGUAACUACAGAACGAGAUAUUAAAGAUGAAUGUAGUCUUACAUUAUCCCCCCUAACUCAUCAAGUUGAGACCCUCACAGGUAAAA